AUGCCUAGCGAAAUGGUUGAAUCGGCCACCCGUGUUGCCAGAUAUGGCGAGGAUACGGAGCGCUUUCUGGAGAAUCUGCCUCCACCUGUUCCUCGAGACAUCUACAGAGAAAGUCAACAGUUUCAUAUCAUUAUGGAGUAUGAACGCGCACGGUUUCGGAACUCUAACCGCGCAACGGCAGCUCCUUCCCACGAAGAUGGUUCCCAGAGUGCCCACAGUGAUACUUUCCAACCCGGGAAUGAUGAGAACGCGAACUUCAUUGUUUUUCUCAUUGAGCCCACUUCGUUUCAAAGGGAAAUUGUUGAUCGAAAAGAUCACGGUCACCUCGGAUUUUCCUAUGAAUACAAUCGAUAUACGAAAAUCCUUAUCAUCAAGAUGACUACUAUGGAACACCGCUGCGCUGCCCGCGCAAUGAACACUCUUAUCGAAAAUGCCCUUGGUGAUAUGGGUCUAGACCGUGAUUGCGUGUCCUUUGCAGGUGUCGAGGUUAAUAUGGGUGCAAAUCAGAAAGUUCCAGAUGAAGGCUGGGCGCCUAUGACCAGCGCACGGCAAAGAUCUAGCAGGCCUGCAGUGGUUUUGGAAGUGGGGGUGUCUGAAUCUGAGAGGAAGCUUCGCGCCAACGCCAGGAUGUGGGUGGACCCAUCCGCAGGUCAAGCAAAUAUCGCCAUCACGAUCAAGAUCAAACGUCAUCAGCCGCUUUUGAAGAUCGAUCAGUGGGAAUGGGAUGCGGAUAUCGGAAAAACACGAGUCAACCGCCAUACUCGUGAGAAGGCUUCGGUUUCAGGUGGACCUCUAUUGAUUCCUUUUCAAAAGAUCUGGCGGAGGGCAGCUCAAUACCCUCGGGAAAGGGACAUCCUUCUCAAUGUGGAAGAUUUGGCUUUUCUGGCGACCCAUGUUUGGGCUGCCAUGGGGAUCGACUAUUAA